AUGAAAAACUUACCCAUUAAAGGUAUGAUAGAUAAGCUUGAAGCAUACGCUGGCCUUUCUGUGGUCCACAUAAGUUUCAUCCUCACCCAAAUAAGUCUUUUGGAGGUGGAAGUAUCUUUGUUAAUCAAAUGGUUGGUGGUUGAAGACUAUCAAAAGUGGCCUUGGAGGGAGUUCCAGACAAGUGUUGUCUCCCGGGACAUUGACACAGCGGCCAAGUUUAUUGGUGCUGGGGCUGCCACAGUUGGUGUGGCUGGCUCAGGGGCUGGCAUCAGGACAGUGUUUGGCGGCUUGAUCAUUGGCUAUGCCAGGAACCCAUCUCUCCCAUCUCUCAAGCAGCAGCUCUUCUCCUAUGCCAUUCUGGGCUUUGCCCUGUCUGAGGCCAUGGGACUCUUCUGUUUGAUGGUCACCUUCCUCAUCCUCUUCACCAUGUGA